AACAAGAAUUGGGGCGACAAGGCCGACAAGGACCUGUUUUUCACUAUCCUAUCAGUGAAGAACAUUGGAGUCAUCAGCGGUUCAGAAUGGACCACGAUCGGCAAUCACAUGAGAUCGAUGGGUUAUGGCUUCACGAAUGAAGGAUGCCGGUGA